UUUAGUACAAAUGUAAAUAUAACCUAACUUUUUCCAAUUAACGUCAUCUCAUAAUUUCCAUAUAAAAUUAAAAAUGCGUGAAUUGCCUGAGAAAGAAAACGUUCUUUCAAAAAGAUUAAAUAAACUUUUAGAAACGCGCGUGGAAAAUGACCAUGACACCUUGGAAGCCUUAAAAGAGCUGUCAACCUUCUACUGUGACAAUUCCCUACAAGCCAGACGUAACCUACGUAGCCAAAUCGAAAAGCGAAGCUUACAGAUUAACGAGAACUUCUUAUCGGAAUUUCGAGAGGUAAAGGAGAGUUUCGAUAGUAUCUACAAUGACAUAGCCGACAUGAGCAAAUCGCUGGAGGAUAUGACUUUACGUUUGCAAAACGCCAAGAGGCAAACGAAACAUCUACUCGAACAGACCAGUAGCUAUGAAAACGAAAUUGCGAAAAAUGAGAUGCAACAAAAGGUAGCGACCGCGUUCUUGAAUAAGUUCAUACUGACACACGAGGAGUUGGUUGCAUUACACGGGAACAAACAGAAGCGUGAUUUAGUUAUUACUCCCGAAAUUUUUGUGGUUCUCGACAAAGUGCAGAGAAUUCAUAAUGAUUGCAAGACGCUGAUGCAGUCGGGUUAUCAAACGCUCGCGCUUGAUGUAAUGGAACAAAUGACUCUACAUCAGGAAGGUGCUUUAGAAAGAUUGUACCAUUGGACUCAAAACCAUUGUCGCAACGUUGAAAAUCUGACCGAUUUACUCACCCAGGCGAUGUGUCGUUUACAAGACAGACCUGUAUUAUUCAAGUACGUAAUCGACGAAUAUUGUAUAUCACGGCGGGCGGUGCUGGUCGGUGAGUUUAUAGACGCGUUAACGCGAGGAGGCCCAUCCGGCAAUCCGGCACCUAUCGAAAUGAGAGCGCAUGAUCCGCAUGUUUACGUUACCGAUAUUUUGGUAUGGUUGAAUAAGGCCAUUCCGAUCGAAAAUCAAAAUUUACAUUUACUGGUCAGCUUGUGCAAUAAAGAAGAUAAAUAUGAACUGCUAACGAACGCAAUGGCUAGUAUUUGCGAAGGUAUUUGCCAUCCAUUAAAGAUACGUAUUGAUAAAAUACUGAACGCGUCCACGCAAUCGAGCAGUCUAUACGCCAUUACUAACUUGAUUCGUUAUUACAAGAAGUCUAUAGGAAAAGUAUCCGAGGGUGGAUUAUUAGCCUUGACGCUAUCUGAGCUACAAGAAAAAAGUGAACAGAUAUUCCUGAUCGCUUUACAGCAGCAAGUCUCAAAUUGCCUAGUUCGCGUGGAAACCCCGCCACGAGACCUGUCUCCUACACCGGCCAUCAAUCACCUAUUAUCAGUCAUGCGCGAUAUGCUUUCAACAGCCAGCAUGAGCGAAGGACGAGAAACCGAUAUGGGAAAGAUUGUCCAAUGCGUAUUAGACCCCCUACUGAGGGCGGUCAAUGAGCAGUCAUCCCGCUUACCCCCAACUGACAUGGCGGUUUACAUGUUAAACUGCAUGUACGCCAUGCAAACAUGCCUAUCACUGUACGAAUUUAUGGAUGACAAAUUGGAACGGUUACAGGCACAGUCGGACGCCCAACUUGAUACCCUUACAUCGGAGCAGGCCAGUUCAUUGGUCGCCAAUUUAAACUUAGGACCGAUAUAUACAAUCUUGCAAGACCACGCGCACGCGCCUCUUUCCGGUAUACCUGGAAUGGAGCCGGGUAAUCUUCGCAACUUCUUGAGUAAGCUGGAUAUGUUAGUAUCGUUGCCCGAUAGUAUGCUAUUGCAACAAAUCCAUCUGCUGUCUUCUUCGAAGCAUAAAAAGUCGGUUCAGAAACGAGCGUUUGAUGUACUAUUGGCUAUAUAUAAGCAGCUUUACGAAGGCGUGUACGAUGCGAACAAUUUAUAUGAAAAUCCUGCAAGUAUUUUACCGAGAACGCCAAGUGAACUCAUGAAAAUGUUAUCUUAAGUUAAAUGUAUUUAUAAAUGUUAUCAUAUAGUUAUUAAAUACCUAUACUAAAGGCCA